AUGAACUUCUGUAUUUUCAAUAUCGAAAAUGUUAGUAGUUUAUACAAUGAAGAUUACUUUCCUAAUAGAAGAAGUCACAUUAUUGAACUCAUUCAUGAAAUAUUAAAAGCUAAUUAUUUUAAUUCUUAUGCUGUAGUUUUAUCAGACAAACUUUCAACAAUGUACAUUGCUCCAACAAAUGAUUUUAGUGCUAUUGAUUCUUUAUAUAACAUUAAGCCAACUUCAGAACAACCUCAUCACCUACGUUGUUUAAGAAAAUCAUUAUUCAUUUCAAAACAACAACACUGUCACUCAGUCCAUAUUGUUUCAUUUAUUACUUCUGAAGAAGCUUUGUCUGAUGUAGUUUUAAGACAAACAGAACUUCAAACAUUACGUAGUUAUCAUGUUCAAUUUGUUUUAUUAGGAGAUGUAUUAAAUCCAUUAAGCCAUACCCGUUCCUUAGUUCGUUCUUUGGUUAAACGACAAAGCCGUGGGUGGGGAGUAACUGAAAACGAUUUAACAAAAACAAAUCCUUAUGAGCGUUUAAUGAUGAGAAUGUCUGAAGGCAUUAUCAUUUUGCCUCGUCGUAAAGUAUUAAAACAAUUACCUCAUAUGAGAGCUGGACAAGUUCCGUGUGAAAGUAAAGCUGGCAAAUUUAUUUCAUGUAAAGUAAUUACACAUAUGACGAAUGAUACAGUUUCAAUGAUUCCAGUACCAAUUAUUUCUAAACAAAAGAAUUUAAGCACUAUUAGAUGUGGUAAAUCAAAUAUAGUUGAUGGAAAAUGUGUGUCCUCAGAAGAAUUAGGAAUGCUUUUCUUGGUUGAAUUAUCUCCUAUUUUAUUUAAGUUGAUUUGGAAAACCGAAAAUGAGAUAGACCAUUUGACAAUAUUUUAUGGUGAGACAAGUUGUAAGCAGAUAAAAAAAGGUGGAUAUAACUUCUUAAUUUUUGAAGGUAAUAAACCCAAUGGUAGUCUUACUAAAACAAUUUAUUGGACUACUUUGGAUGCAAAAGAAUUUUGUACUGUUUUUGAAAAGGCUAUGAGCCAAGAUGUUCCACAAAACUAUAUAAAAAUUAUGCAAACUAUUUGGAAUGAUAAUAAGAAGACAUUAAGUAGUAUGGAAGAAAAAUAUAUGAGUAUGAAGAGGGAAAAAGAAAUUGUGAACAAAAUGGAUGAAUAUGUAAAAGGUGUUCCUAAAACAGAACUAAAUAGAAAAGUAAGAAAUGAAGCUGAUAAAAAAACAGAACCAAAAGAACCAAGUACUAAUUAA